CGCGCUCUGAAGACAACACACAACACGCGGACACGAGUUGCGUAGAGAUAUUUAAAGUUUUAUUUGUCACCAGAGUUGAGCGUGAAAGUGAAAUCAAAGGGUUUGCGUGCUACAUAUAAAGACGUCCGUAAAACUGCGCAAAAUGGGAGAGAAAUUGAAAUAAUAACAACACGUGCUAGAGUGUAAACGCAGGACGCAGGACGGUACAAAACGCGCGAGAAUUAAGUGGUAGGGUGAACAGGAAAUUGUUUAACUUGUGCGCGGAAGAUAACAAAGUAAUUUCCGCGAAAACAAACGAAACGUGCGAAUAAACGUUGAAAAAUGCGGAAACAACGCGCUGAGUCAUAAAGAAACGGAUAAUAUAGUGUAAAUAAGAGUUCCUUACUACUGAGUAAACAAAAAAAAAACUCCAAAUAAAAAUGGAUAUCAACACGGAGAAUUACCAAUUGAAAUGGCAUUCAUUCGGCACUUAUCUUCAUGGAUGCGUAGCUGCUGCCCUAAAUGGCGAUCAAUUUGCAGACGUCGCACUAAUCACGCUCGAUGGUCGACAAAUCAACGCGCAUCGUUUCAUCCUCUCCGCUUGUAGUCAGUACUUACAGCAAGUCCUCAAGCUUCAAACUAAAACUACCCUUCCCCAAAGUAACUUGUCCAUCAUCAUGCCGCCCGAGAUCAGUCACAAAACUCUUAAAGUCUUGGUGCAGUAUAUGUACAGCGGUGAAACAACGGUGUCCCAAGAUAUUUUAGAAAGUGUACUAAGAGGUGGUGAUCUCCUGAAAGUCAAAGGUUUAUGGAGACCUAAGGAAGAUGAGCCCGCAGAAAAAGUUGAGCGGAGUGUAAAUGAAAGAGUGGAUAGAGAUCGUGAUCGCGACAAAGAUAGAGAACGCGCUGAUAAAAAAUCCUAUUCAAAAUUAAACUCAAGGCAUGCUAGAGAUUCUACCCAUGGCUAUAGCCACACUCACUCGAAUGCUCAUUCGAACUCCAGUAGGAGCAACGCUUCCACACCUUCACACACCUACAGCCAGAACAGCACAUGCAGCACCCCAGUUAACAAUUCAGUUAUUAAGGAACCCAGAAGUUUAUAUGAUCGAGGUGGUGAGAAGUACGACAGGUAUGAAUCUCUAGAGAGGCUUGAUCUUAUAGAUAAACCAGAACGAUCCGAGAAACAGAAUAGGACCGAAAAAUCUGAGAAACAUUCCAAACCAGAUAGGGCUGAUAAGAAUAUUCCAACAAAAAGGUCUAAGAAUGAUGAAUCCGUUAUUAAAACAACACUCCAGACGCCACCACCUUUGGCACCCAUACAAAUCCGCCAUAAACAAGAUAGAAUCGAUCGGCACGAACGACAAGAACGCGUGGAAAAAUCUGACAAACAAGAAAAACUCUCCAAAACUAAUGAUACAGUCAACGAAAAAGAGAUAUCAACGGCAAAGGACUUGAUGCAAAUAUUGGUUAUUAAAGAAGAGCCUUUAGAAUGGUCAGAGGUGAACCAGGAAGAAAUCGAACUAGUCGAACGAGAAGAAAUCUUCGAUUCUGAGUUGUUGAUUAAACCUGAAAUUCAAAUGGACGACGGUGAAGAAAAUCCUGAGAGUCUGUACACUCCAUUGACAUGCGAACUUUGCGCUGAAACUUUUACUCUACCUGCUGAUUGGGUUAAACAUGUGCAAACCCACACCGAUAUGAUGCCCGCAAAGAGGCAAAAACGUGGGAGGCCUUCAAAUGAUGAAGAUAACUCAAACUUCCCACCACUACAAUGCGAUAUGUGUCAGGAGUACUUCCCAACACCCGCAAAAUGGGUGCAACAUAUUCAAUUUGCUCACACCGAGCAGGAAAUGCAACACGCAAACAAGUCUACGUCGCGACAUAGCAACACCAAUAGUAGUAGCGGAAAUGGAAGUGGUAAUGGUGGCAAUGGCCGCCAAGGGCGAUCUUCCGUCGGCGGACAAGCAAAAAUUACCUCGCAGCACAAAGUUUGCGCCGUAUGCAGCAAGAAGUUCCCAUCGCAUGCUUCCAUGAUCAUCCACCGGCGUACGCAUACCGGUGAACGACCCUACAUGUGUGACUACUGCUGCAAAGGUUUCAAUGUUAAAAGUAACCUACUGAGACAUCUCCGCACUCUGCAUGACAAAUAUGUGAGUCCCAAUGACAUCGAGAGCAAGGAAGGAGAUGAAAGCGAUGUAUAAUCGGAGAUUUGAUUGAAAUGUGAAUUGAAUUGUCCAGUUUCAAAAAGGCAAUGACUAGGUUUGAAGUUAACCUGAAGGAGUUUUAAAUAAAAGCAAAUAUGUAAAUAUUUCGAUAAAACAAUCCAUUAUAUAAAUAGAUUUUAACGAUUUUAGAGUAAAUCUAAGGCAUUUGAGCUAUUGAACUAAUAAAUAUAACAAUCUACUUUGAUAAUAUUACUAAAUUCGAAUCAUUUCAUUGACAACAAAAGAAAUUUUGUAUUUAUUGUAAUAAAAUUGUGAUCUGCUUGUAUUAUUCAAAUUAUUAUCGUAAAUAAUGUAAUUAAAUUCUACUUUUUUAAUAUACUUUUUUGAAAUAAAUAUAUUAAUUACCUAAGAA